AUGUCUUCGGACGAGGAUUCGCCCAAUGCACUCUGGUUGAAAUGGACAAAAGAAUGGCUAGAUACUGCCAGAGAACGCAAUUCCAAAGGCGUCACCACGUACAGACACGCCUACAACAGCCUGAAGGCAUGCCCCAUCGCCUUCACACACCCUUCCGAAUUACAGCAACUCAAGGGUUGGGGUCAGGGACUUUGUUCCCGCCUGGCAGAACUCUUGAGGAAGCACUGCGAGGAGAAUGGUCUUCCCAUGCCCGAACACCCGUCCAAGUCCCGAUCUAGGACGCUGCACGAGUCUGGGGGCGAGCCGUCGGAGACGGGACCGGCAAAGAAAACACGCAAAACCAAGGAGUAUGUGCCGGCGUACAGAUCAGGUGCAUAUGCCCUCAUCAUGGCACUUUCUACCCUCGACGAACAGGCUCAAACCGGGCUGUCAAAGGCUGAUCUGAUUGAGAUUGCCCAACAUCACUGUAAUGCCUCGUUCAAGGUUGGCGAAGAUGCGGCAUCGUUCUACACUGCCUGGAACUCGAUGAAAACGCUGCUUCAGAAAGAGCUGGUCUACGAGAGAGGCCGCCCAACCAAGCGUUAUGCCUUGACAGAUGAGGGAUGGGAAGUAGCAGAAAGGGUCAAACUUGUCGCUGCAGCUCGUGGAAACAAUUUCGAGGUUGUGCCUCAGCAACCCGUAUCCACCACUACCGGCUCGUCCACAGCAGUGGAUCAGGAUGUGGAAGAUGCACCGCCUCCAGCAGGUCAACCACAGUCCCAAUACCGUGAUCUCGUAGCCGAAGGUCGACUCGUGGGAGACGAUGCUUCGUUGCCCACGUUUACACCAAUUAGAUUACCACCCGGAUCAUUCCAAGUCCACCUCGUCCUGGAUGUUCGUGAGAUCAGGACCAAAAAGGACCGAGACUAUAUGAAAGAUCAACUUACUCAAAAAGGAGUCACCCCCAUAAUGCGCAGUCUGGCACUGGGCGACGCUAUCUGGGUCGCCAAAUGCACGGAUCCAACUCUGCUCAACCGCGGUGGUGUCGAGGGUGAAGAGGGCAAUGAGAUUGUCCUGGACUACAUCGCCGAGCGUAAAAGGCUCGAUGACCUUAUCAGCAGUGUCAAGGACGGACGAUUUCACGAGCAAAAGUUCCGUCUCCGGCGAUCGGGGCUGCGUAACGUGAUUUAUAUUGUAGAGGACUUUUCUAUUGAUAGCAUGAACUCAUCUCGCUAUGAAGAGAUGGUGCAGUCGGCGAUGGCAUCCACACAGGUCGUGAAUGGCUAUUUUCUGAAAAGGACUCAGAAGAUGGACGACACCAUCACAUAUCUCGCUCGCCUGACCAAGCUACUAAAGUCGCAGUAUGAGAGCAGGACUAUAAACGUCAUUCCAACAAACGUCCUGACGGCACAAAAUUACCUACCCCUGCUGGCGCAUCUUCGACAAGAGAAAGAGAUGAACGCUGCGGCUUCGGCAGGCCUUUCAAGGUCGGAGAAGAGUUUUUACAUCAGUUAUCCGGCUUUUGCAUCUCUUGCUUCGAAAUCGGAAAUGAUUACCCUGCGUGACGUCUUUCUCAAGAUGCUCAUGUGCACCAAGGGCAUCACGGGCGAGAAGGCGAUGGAGAUCCAAAAGCGGUGGAAGACACCCUUGGAGUUUGUGAAAGCAUACGAGGAAUGUGGGCCCGGAGACCUCGGCAGGAAGCGGAAGAUUGAGCUGGUAUCCAGCCAUAUGGCUAACCUGGUAGGUCGCAAGAAGAUCACCAAGGCUUUCAGCCAGAAGCUCGCCGAGGUCUGGGGCGAUGUCUGA